AAGAGCACGGACACAGAGAAACGGACUAGACUGGACCAGUGACGUAGAAUGGCCCAAAACGGAACUACUGUGAACGGAGUGUCGGAGGGGAGACCCGCUAUGCCGUUCCCUCAGCCUGUCAAAGUUCAGGAGAUCAGACACAACAAGAUUUUCAUUAACAACGAAUGGCACACUUCGAUUAAAGGAAGGACGUUUCCGACUUUCAAUCCCGCAACAGGUGUCAAAAUCUGUGAUGUUGAAGAAGCCGACAAAGCAGAUGUGGACAAGGCGGUGGAAGCUGCCAAGGCGGCGGGACAGAGAACAUCGCCGUGGCGGAAGAUGGACGUAUCCAGCCGGGGAAGACUCCUGCACAAACUCGCUGACCUCAUCGACAGAGACCGGGUCCUAUUGGCGACCCUGGAGACUAUGGACUCGGGGAAACCCUUCCUCCAUGCUUUCUUCAUCGACCUGGAUGGCAGCAUCAAAACCCUCCGGUACUUUGCUGGCUGGGCUGACAAGAUACAUGGCAAAACCAUGCCCGUGGACGACAGCUUCAUGUGUUUCACCAAACAUGAGCCUAUCGGCGUUUGCGGAGCCAUCAUUCCUUGGAACUUUCCCCUACUGAUGUUCAUGUGGAAGAUAGCUCCAGCCCUGUGUUGUGGAAACACCGUGGUCGUCAAGCCCGCUGAGCAGACCCCUCUCACAGCCCUGCACGUCGGGGCUCUCAUCAAAGAGGCUGGUUUCCCCCCUGGAGUGGUGAACAUCGUGCCGGGGUUCGGGCCCACGGCGGGGGCCGCCAUCGCCAGCCAUAUGGGCAUCGACAAAGUGGCUUUCACCGGCUCUACGGAGGUAGGGCAGCUGAUCAAAGAGGCUGCAGCCAAGAGCAACCUGAAGAGGGUCACCCUGGAGCUGGGGGGGAAGAACCCCUGCAUUGUGUUUGCUGACUCAGACUUGAAGCUGGCUGUGGAGGAGAGUCAGAAGGGAGCGUUCUUCAACCAGGGCCAGUGCUGUACUGCAGCCUCCCGCGUCUUUGUGGAGGAGCCUGUCUACCAGGAGUUUGUACGCCGCAGUGUAGAGAGUGCCAAGAACAUCAUCAUAGGAGACCCACUUGACCCACGGACAGCUCAUGGACCUCAGAUCGACCAGCAGCAGUUUGAUAAGAUCCUGGAGCUGAUCGAGAGUGGGAAGAGGGAGGGGGCCCGGCUGGAGUGUGGAGGCAUGGCCAUCCAGGACACAGGUCUGUUCCUCCAGCCAACUGUCUUCUCUGAUGUCAAAGACCACAUGCGCAUCGCUAAGGAGGAGAUCUUCGGUCCAGUCCAGUGUAUAUUCAGCUUUAAGAGCCAGCAGGAGGCCAUUGAGCGGGCCAACAGUUCUGAGUACGGCCUGGUGGCAGCAGUGUUUACCAGGAGCAUGGACCAGGCUCUGGCUGUGACUGCUGCCCUGGAGACCGGAACAGUCUGGGUAAACUGCUAUAACGCCCUCCAUGCCCAAGCUCCUUUUGGAGGCUUCAAAAUGUCAGGAAAUGGACGAGAGCUGGGUGAGUACGCUCUGGCCGAGUAUUCUGAGGUGAAAGCAGUGACCAUCAAACUGAGUGAGACACUGUGACAGUCCUGGACACACCCUGCCCUGCCCUGCCUCGCCCAGCUCAGCACUUCCUCACCACCUUGGGCUGUGUCUAAUCUCUACAAUUCUUCUCUUUGUCACCUCUGAUCGAAAAUAUAUUUCUGUCGACGAUUAUGGGUUGAUGCUUAUACAGUAGUCAGUCACGAGGAAUGGUGAUAAGUAAAGAAAGCUAUUGAAUGUUUUUUUUAUUUAUCCAGCCCUAUUAUAUAUGUAAUAAUCUGACUCACCUUCUGGUCUCGUUUGUUUAAUUUUGAUCUAAUAUGAGUCAUGUCCUCUUUAAGGAGUAUUUUUCAACCCUUUCAGGUGCUGGAAGAAACUCUGAUUCCCUUUCCUACCGGGGUGUUAUUUACCUCUAUGUUAACAUUGCAUAAUUCUUAUCAUUAUACAACUGAAACCAUAUGAGAAACUCUGAGGGAAUGUUACCAUUAGACAUGCAGGGCCCCCACCCAGCCAUGAUACAGCCCACCCCCCACCAUGUCCCAAAACAGCCACCACCACCACAACCAUGACCCAAUACCUACCACCAUGUCCCAAUACAGCCACCACCACCACAACCAUGACCCAAUACCUACCACCAUGUCCCAAUACAGCCACCACCACCACAACCAUGACCCAAUACCUACCACCAUGUCCCAAUACAGCCACCACCACCACCCCAUCCUGCACCAACACAACCGUCUUUCUGGCCUAGGGGUCUCAUAAACAUGCGCUGUCAGGAUAAAACCAGAUGAAUUAACUGUCAUAUGCAUAUUUUCAUAUUUUGAUUUGUUAUAUUUGGAGCUGUAUAGAUUGUUACAGGUACAGGUGCCCAGACUGUCCUACAUGCAAAUAUAAAAUAAUGUUACAUUGCAUGUAGUGCAUCUGGAGUGAUGUGCCAUGCUCUUAAAUAGGGUCGUUUGGGGAAAGACACUCCGUUUUUUUGUGAUGAUGGGAGUUCUGUAAGCUAUGGGCAUUUCAAUAGCAAGCUUUUCUAUGAGUAUAUUACAAGAAUGUAAGUGAAGGGAAACAUGUCUCUGCCAUUUAUAGAUGUAGACAAUCCAGAGACCUUCCGAUAAUGGCCGGGUUUCCCAGAUUCGUUAAGAAGCUCUUAACGCUAUGAGCUUCUUAACGAAUCUGGGAAACCCUGCCAAUGUUGUUUCACGCCAAGAAAAGGUCUGCUCAUCUUUCAAUCCAAAAAAAAAACGUUUUAUAUGGAUAUUUAAAUAGAAAUUCUAAAUAAAAAUGAAGAUAAUAGUU